AUGGCAGCCUGUUUCGAGAUGAGAGGAGAUGAGCAGCAGCACGUCCCCGAUGAGGCCGGCAGAGAAACAGACGAAGCGCUGGGCGAGUCGAGCGACUCUUUCUCUUGGGAGGGAAAACAGCAGAAGAGCCUGCGCCGUCUCCAACCUCCAUCGCCAGCCGCCAUCGCCAUCCCAUCGUCUGUCGAGUCGCUGCUUCGACUCUGCCUCCUGUCCACCUCGCCGUCGCUUCCCUCCACUCCUUUCUCCCUCCUUCGCCGCCCGUCCCGAGCCUCCUCCGACCGCAUCACUCCUUCCCCCCCUCCUCCUCCGCCUGAGCGAUGUCCGCCCCCGUCCGCUCCCCUGGAGUCGGUCUCGCCCUCGAGUAGCCUCCUCCCUGCUGCGUCCUUUCGUUCCCCCUGCCCCUCUGCUUCGCCCGUACGCAUGGGUGAGCUUGUCUGCGGGAGUAUGGCGACCUCGCCACGGCCCUCGUCGUCACCAGAGCCAGAGCCCGUCACUACUGCCGACGAUGACGCGGGAAAGAAGCCGCCGCCGCCGCCGCCGCCUGGCGACCAGGCAACCAGCGUGCAGACCCUCCAGGCUCUCCGGAGGCAGAUGGAAGAGCUGUUAGUCUACCAGCAGCAGCAGUCUCACCAUCUCUCCAAUCCCCUCGUUGAUAAUGCCAGCGUCAAGAAACCCUCCUCCACCCACCCCGUCUCGCCGCCGCCGCCGCCGCCGCCGCUGCCGCCCGUACCAGACAGCAACAACAGUCUCCCUGUCUCGACCAACUCUGACUCGACUGUUUCGGGGGGGACUCUUCGAGCCAUAUCUCCCGACCAGCCCGUCCAUCAGACUCCGUCCUAUCCGUUUCCCAGGGUACAACAGCAGCAGCAGCAACUGCCGCUGCCGCCCGCCCCGGCCGUCGGGAUGCCCAACCGCUUCAAGCUGACCUUUCCCUCCGACAAACUCAAGGCUGGGACGGUGCUGCCACCGGCAGCAUCGCCAGGAGCAGGCGUGGCGAUAGGAACGGAUCCUCCGAUGGCGCGACACCCCCCCCUUUCCCACGGUUUCCUCCCGCCAGACGCCAAACCCGUCGCUGAGGACCCUCUAUACCCGACUCCCAACCUCUAUGACCUCGCCCUCCAGCUGAAUGCCGAAUCGGGGCUCGAGGCGUGGUGGGCGGCCGUCGUGCGUAUCCUUCGAAUCCACUACGGAGCCGAGAGGGUCUCGCUGGCCGUCCCGGGAGAUGCCACCGACCUGGAGAACGUCCCGUGGGGGCAGAAGGCUGUCUUCAACCAUUCCGUCCCGGAGAGAUGCUACGAUGAACCGCCGCCGACGGACUCCUUGGCCAAAAGUACACCCACCCAGGGCCCGAGCAGUAGGCCGCCCCCCCUGCAGGCGUCGACAUCGGGAUCCCCCAGGCGUCCUCCGCUGCCAUCCCGUCACUCGUUUGCAGGCUUCGGGCAGAAAGCACAGGAGAGCCAGACUGGCUGGCCGCGCCCCUUGAGACCCAAGGACUCGUCUGAUACCUCCUCGACAGAAUUCGCCGAGUCGCGUCACCAGGAGGCAGACGAUACUCCCGCUUCUACUUCUUCUUCUUCUUCUUCUUCUUCUUCUUCUUCCUCACCAGAUGCCGUCCGACACGCCGUCUUCUCCAUUCCUCGCCCGCUCGAGGUUGAGCCAGAUCCGUUAAUCAAGCGGACGGGCGUCGUCAAGCUGUUUGGACGCCUCAGACCCGUCAUCCUCACCCGCGAGUACUCGCAGGACCAUGUCAGGACAUCCACCACUCAUGCCCACAAGAAGAACAACCAGGAUACCCUACCCGUUCAGACUCCCGACGACAAGCUUCAAGUGACGCCCGACCAUGAACCGCCGGUCAUGGCCACCACGGUCCAGCCCAAACUGCUCUCGACCCGCGUCGCUCGAUCCCGAUCCAUCUCGACUCGCACAGCGCUGCCACCGCCGCCGCCGCCGCCGCCGUCAGUCCCCCUCGGCCCAUCGUCGCUGCGAACGUCCACCACCACUGCCGAGCUUUACGACGAAUAUGAGCAGAUCCCUCCGUCUCCCUGGUCCCAGUCUCCUGCACCAUCUCCUGCGCCCCGCGCCCAGGCCGAUCAUAACCCGUUUUUCAAUAGCCAUACCGUCGACGAGAGCGCCUUCUCCAAACACCCCCCGCUCCACGACUACGCCAACCUGGAGCCGUUGCAGGCCAUCGGCGUCGAUCACGCCAAGUCGCUGGUCCAUAUCCCUCUGCUUCAUGCCACCCCAUCGCCAGAUCCCUUCUCCGGCCCUCCCACAGCGACGAUGCUGCCGCUCCGCUUCCCCAUGGCCAUCAUCUCCAUCCUCUCCUCCAUCAUCCCGUACCCGGCGAAUAUCCGCCAAUCCCUCGAAUUCCUCAUGCCGCAUCUGACCGUCUCCUUCGGCCUGGCCCAGCGGUACUCCCAUCUGGAACGCCAGCUGGCCGCCGCCUCCCGUCUCGAAGCCCCCCGCUACGGCCACCUGCUUGGUUUGGGAGGCACCUUCUCCGACGAAAGUAGCGAAUUGGAGCUCGUCGCUGGUCUCAGCGGCCAUGUCAGCUCUACCCUCGGCGAUGACCACUCGCUCUCCGCCCGUGCCAGCUUCUCCAGCCCCGACGACAAGUCCUCCACCUCCGUUCGUUUCAGCCCCUCCCUCUCCUCCUUUGGUACCCCAAGCGUGGAUUUCUUCACCAGCGGGUCAUUCGUCGGCAGCUCCCAUCAUCAUCGCCCUCUCGAAUCUCCCAAUGUCACCACCACAACAGUUGCACCGGCAAGUGCUGCAGCGGUUACCACCCUGACCUCCAAACAUGCCUUUGAUGCCGUGGACAGUUAUUUCCAUGUCACCCAGAGCAGCAGCACCAGCAGCAACAACAACAACAACAACAACAACAACAACAACAACAAUAGACCAGGGAAUGAACCCGCACACCCUCAUGCGCGGAACCGUCUCUCGCGAUCUAAACCCUACCUCGUCUCCUCUUCCACUCCUUCUUCACCGGGAGGGAGGCUCUGGACCAGACUAGCCGCCACCGAUGACUCGGUCGCUCACGAUCCAGGUCUUAUUGUGGCCUCACCAGGCCAGGAGAUGAAAUCCUGGGUGAUGUCACCUACACAACUGCAUCAACCACUAGUACUACAGCAGCAGCAACAACAACAACAACAGCAACAACAGCAGCAGCAGCAGCAGCAGCAGCAGCAGCAACAACCACACCAAGGAUCAUCCUCCCGACAGGCGUCAGCCACCUCGAUCUAUUCGCAGUUGUCCCGCGAGCUUAAUCGACCGUUUCCGGAUACCGUCGCCCAGCUGAUGCUCAAUUCGGUUCCUCUGCAUCUCUUCCUAGCCAAGCCGCAGAGCGGGGAAGUGAUCUGGACGAAUACCAAGUUUGACUCGUAUCGACGCAGCCAGCCGCAGGAGCCCAAGCUCCGGGACCCCUGGCAGAACCUGCACGCGAGCGAGCGAGACCAAGUGUCGCGAGGCUGGGAGAACGCGCUGCGGACUGGCUCGCAGUUCACCGAGCGGGUGCGUGUCAAACGGUUCAACGAUGAGUCCGCGUACCGCUGGUUCAUCUUCCGGGCCAACCCGUUACUCUCCGCUACGGGCGAGGUGCUGUAUUGGAUCGGCUCCUUCUUGGACAUCCACGAGCAGCAUAUCACGGAGCUCAAGGCGGCGCAGGAGCGCGAAACGUUCGCCAUUGACGCCAAGUAUCGCGCCUUCUCCAACUCUGUUCCGCAGAUCGUCUUCGAAGCGGCCGAAUACCGCGGCUUGAUCUUCGUCAACGAACAGUGGCGUCUGUACACCGGGCAGGACCUGCAGGAGGCCGUCAACCUUGGCUUUGCCAAACAUGUCCACCCGGAUGACAUUGACAAGUGCGAUCUGCUCUCACUGCAGCUUUACAAGUCGUCGGUUUCUCCGACGGAUAGUACCGGCACCACCACCCAGGUGUUAUUGACUGAUACUCCUACUACUACUACUACUACUACUACUACUGCCACUACUACUGCUACUACUACUACUACUACUACUACCAGCCCGCUACAACACGGAGUGACGCCCGCCCUGAAUGAGCUGGUGCGGCGCGGGUUGGUCUCGGUGCAAAAGGACGAGAACGGCCGGGUGUUCUAUUCGAUCGAGAUCCGGCUGCGGUCCAAGGGGGGUGAUUUCCGGUGGCACCUGGUGCGGGUGGUGAAGGUGGAAACGAGCAGCUUCGGGACGGGCGAGGCGUCGUGGUACGGGACGUGCACGGAUAUCAACGACCGCAAGCUGCUGGAGCGGGAGCUGAACAAAGCGAUGCAGCAGCUGAACAAGGAGAUGGAGUCCAAGACCAAGUUCUUCAGUAACAUGUCGCACGAGAUCCGCACGCCGCUCAACGGCAUCCUGGGCACCAUACCCUUCAUCCUGGACACGCAGCUGGACACGGACCAGCGGCGCAUGCUCGACACGAUCCAGAACAGCUCGACCAAUCUGCGCGAGCUGGUCGACAACAUCCUCGACGUCUCGCGCGUCGAGGCCGGCAAGAUGACCAUGGUCAACUCGUGGUUCCACGUGCGGUCGGUCGUCGAGGACGUCAUCGACACCAUCUCGUCGCGCGCCAUCGACAAGGGCCUCGAGAUCAACUAUCUCGUCGACCUCGACGUCCCCGCCAUGGUCGUCGGCGACCGCUUCCGCAUCCGUCAGGUCCUGAUCAACCUCGUCGGCAACGCCGUCAAGUUCACCUCCCAGGGCGAGAUCUACACCCACUGCUCCGUCUACCACGACCCAUCCAUCCACCUGAACCCGUCCGAGAUCCUGCUGCACUUUGACGUCGUCGACACCGGUAAAGGCUUUAGCUCCUCCGAGGCCUCGCGUCUCAUGCAACGCUUCAGCCAGUUGGGUGAGAACGGCUCCCCGCAGCACGCAGGCAGUGGCCUCGGCCUCUUUCUCUCCAAACAGCUCGUCGAAAUGCACGGCGGUAAACUCACCCCUAGCAGCCGCAAGGGCCAGGGCGCCAAGUUUUCUUUUUAUGUCAAGGUGGACGCCCCGCCGCCGCCAGAGGCUGCCGCCGCUGCUGCUGCUGCUACAUCCUCACGCGUUCCCGAUCCGUUGCCUUUCAAAUCACCUGGCUUUCGCCAGGGCGAGGAUCUCUCGCCCGGUCUAGAGUCGCCGUUUUUCCCACCCUCGACGGCGUCGGAACCCUCACUCCGAUCCGUGUUCCAGACGGUCUCGGAGCGGUCGUCGCUGUCGUCGGCACUCCCCACGCCAGAGCUGCAGCCCGCUGCUGCAAAGCUGGCGAUAGGCCCACCUUCUUCUGUGCCGGCACUACGGUCCAACCCUCCGCGCGACUCGUACUCCAUCCUCAUCCUCUCGCCGCUAGACCACACACGCGAGGCAAUCAAACAGCACAUCGAGCAGGUAGUGCCGCACGAGAUCCCAUCGCAGAUCCUGUCGCUGCCCGAACUGGAAGACUGGCGCGAGAUGGUGACCGCCAACAUCAGCCCGGCCAUCACCCACCUGGUCCUCAACCUGCCCGAAGCCGACGACGUGGCCGAUGUGAUCCAGUAUGUCGUCGCGCAGGGCCAGGUCGCGACAGUGGUCAUCAUCGCGGACCUGUACCAGAAGAAACAGAUCGCGGACCGGCUGGCCGAGCUCUCGGCCACAGGGCGCGCCGUCCACACCGUUCCCAAACCCGUCAAGCCGUCGGCGUUUGCCACCAUCUUCGAUCCGGAUAAUCGGCGCGAGCUGAGCAAGGACCGCAACCAGGACAUGGCGCGCGAAAUCAACAAUAACUUCAAGACCGUGUCUAAGAUGGUGAAAGAGAUGAUCGGGAACAAGGGUUACCGCAUUUUACUUGUCGAAGAUGACGAAACCAACAGGAUGGUCAUGUUGAAAUUCCUCGACAAGAUCAAGGUGAUGGCCGAAACGGCAACCAACGGGCAAGAGUGUCUCGAGAUGGUCUUCUCCAAGGACCCGGGCUACUACUCUCUGAUCAUCUGUGACAUCCAAAUGCCCGUCAAAAACGGGUACGAGACCGUCCGAGAGAUCCGCGCCUGGGAGUCGCACAACCAUUACCCGCACAUCCCCAUCAUGGCGCUCUCCGCCAACGCAAUGACGGAGCAGAUCGAGAACGCCGCCCGCGCGGGCUUCAACGACUACGUGACCAAGCCGAUCAAGCAUACCGAGCUGGGGAGGAUGAUGAUGGAGCUGCUCGACCCCGCCAGGCCGUUGGUCCUCCUUCGAGACCGUCUCCAUCAUCAUAGAUAA